AUGCGAGUACAUUUGCUCUCUCUUUCCUUUCUGGUAGUAUGCAGCACCAGCGUGGCCAACCUCCUUGGUCCGGCGUAUCUCGCCCCUAGAGACCUCAGCAGCAAGUCAAGCCGAGUCGCAGCUGGAUGGAAAUCUUUGACAGGGAGGCUACACAGCGAGACCUCCUCAGAUCCCUCUUUGCUGAAGAACCUCACCUUUUCCGUCGGUCUCUUUUCCAUCCAUGAUCCAGCAGCGGAGUCUUUGCAGUUCCACUACACCUCCUCCGAGAUCCAGAAUGCCCCAAACGGCACCAGAAAGGUCGACGGCGACAGUAUCUACCGCGUAGCUAGUCUCUCGAAGCUUUUCACAGUGUUUGCUGCGAUGCGUGAGCUCAACAGUGAGCAAUGGGAACGGCCUCUGACGGAGAUUAUUCCAGCCUUCGCCGAAUACGUCAAGUCCAGAGCCACCGCGGACUCAGUCUACUCUACCCCCUGGGACCAAAUCACCCCCAGCGCCCUUGCUGCGCAAAUCAGCGGCGUUGCACGCGAUGUCCUGCCAUGGGACGGCGGGGAUCUACUUCUGCAGUACGCAAUUGCGAUCCUGGCUGGCUUGAACCCCGUGCCUGCAGCCAUCGAUCCAGCAACCUAUGGUCUUCCCCCUGUGGAUCUGAACGAUGCUCUAUCACUGUCACCCUGUCUGGCGAACGUAAGCGAGCCGUGUACUGGGCCUCUAUACGCUGGUGGAGCAGCCAACGACGCACCUGUUUAUCUCCCUUGGACGAGCCCCGCGUACUCGAACAACGGGUUCAUCCUUCUCGGUCUGGCUCUCGCCAAUUUGACCGGCAAGUCUCUCGAUGAGAUAUACAAGCAGAGUAUCUUCGAUCCGCUGGAUAUGCAUUCAUCCUACUCUGCUGUCCCGGGAGCGUCUGAGCUUUCCCGGUCUGUGAUCGCAGGCGAUUUCGCCUCCGGCUUUGGCUAUGACGGUGGCAUUUCCAAGUCGUCGGGAGGGAUCUACUCGACCACCAAUGACCUCGCAAAGUUCGGGACAGCGAUCUUGAACUCCACGCUCCUGCCGCCGGUCACAACACGCAGGUGGAUGAAACCCGUUUCACACACGGCCGACCUGCAGUAUUCCGUCGGUCGCCCGUGGGAGAUAUACCGGUACAAGCAUGCCGAGUCCGGCGUGGUCACGGACCUGUACACCAAGCUCGGGGAUGCAGGGAACUACGGCAGUUUUCUGGUCUUGAUUCCUGAUUUCGACGCUGGGUUUAGUAUCAUCGGGGCCAGCGCGUUGGCGACGCGAUCGAACGCAACGAGUCUUCUGGCGGAUCUUGUCACGGAGAGUAUCCUCCCUGCGUUGAUGGAGCAGGCUGCGUCCGAAGCGAAGAAGAAUUUUGCGGGGAAGUACACGAGCGAUCGAUUGAAUUCCUCGCUGGCGCUGGAUGUCAGUCCUUCUGGAAAUUCAGGCUUGUCGGUUACCUCGUGGGUCAGCAACGGGACGGAUCUCAUGCCCCUCCUGAGUAUAUUACUCGGGAAUGAGAAUUCGAGGCUUGUGCCGACGAUUGUGUCGGAGGGUACCGGGCAGGUGGCCUUUAGGGCGUAUACAGCUACACAGGAGAAGUCCGGAGGACUAUUCCAGAGGAACUUUGACGUGAAUGACUGGAUUGUCGUCGGCAGCGGGGGAUACGCGACUAAAUCACUGGCAGAAUUUGUGUUUGAAGUGGAUGUGCAGGGAAAGGCGAGCAGGGUGGAAUUGCCAGCUUGGAAUGUGACUCUUCAUAGAUAG